GUUCAGCUAACACAGCGAACCGAAAUACCUCAUCCUGUGGUUGCAACAAAAAUACUGAAAGGAAGGGGUGGUAUUUACGCAGUCCACUGUAACUUUCUGAUUUUUGCCUCAUCGUCGAAACAGGAAGUGUAACUCUUUCGUCGGGCGUGUUCUCUUAAUUUCUACUGUUUAGAGGGACGCACUUUCACAUCAAGUCACCCAGAUAUUUGAUCUGAGACUGUAAUAUAAACUACAUGAGAGAAAUGGAGGUUUACACCGAUGCAGUGGAUUACCUGGAGACACAACAAAUCCCAGUGGGGGGCGUAGGUGAGCCAGGGCCUGGUCUGCUGGAAGAGGACGUGUUUCCAGAGGUGUUCCAAGAAGGGACAGAGACAUUCUUCCUCUCGCGGCUCCAGACCCACAGCAUAGAUCUGCCGGAAACCCCGGUUCUAUGUACACAGGAGGCAAUGUUGGACAGGAGGUUAAUGGUCCUGAGAACCAUCCUGGACAGUGAGAAGAUAUAUCUCAAUGAGCUGGAGACACUGUUAAUGCCCAUGAAAGCCCUGAAGGCGUCAGCGGGGACGUCCAAGCCGGUUCUGUCCAGCCAGCACGUCCAGACUGUGUUCUACCAGGUGCCUGAGCUCAGGGAUCUCCAUAGAGACUUCUACACCCGCCUUAGGGAGCGCAUGGGGCCACAGACCGACCUGGAGUCUGACUCGGGACCAGGGCCAGAACAGAAUCUGGAGCAGGAGGAGGGGAGAGAGGCAGAACUUAAGGGCUUACAGCUAAAUGUUGGAGACCUAUUCCUUAAGAUUGUAAGCCAGCUGGGGGUGUACCGUGGCUUUAUUGAUAAUUAUGCGAAUGCUGUGGAGAUCGUGAGGAGGUGUACUCAGGCUGACCAACGCUUCAGAACACUGGCAGAGAGUAUGAUGUCUUGUAAUGGAUCAGACACAUCCAAGACUAAAUACACCUUUGAGGCUCUCCUGUACAAACCUCUGGACAGGGUCACGAAGACUACUCUGGUGCUGCAUGAUCUGUUGAAGCACACUCCCGAGGAGCAUCUGGACCAUGCCGUGCUGCAGGAGGCCCUGAGGCUGUCUCGGAGUUUCCUGUCCGGGCUCAACGAGGGGUCACAGUGCAAACGAGAGGUCACCCUAAGCAGAGGCAUGCCACGCCAGCUGAUGCGUGACGGCUUCGUGGUGGACAUGUGUGAUGGUGCGCGUAACCUUCGUCACCUCUUCCUUUACACUGACCUGCUGCUCUGUACCAAACUGAAGGGGGGGGGUCAAGGGAAGCAGGCCCAGUACAGAUUCUGUUGGGACCUCCCUCUGGCUGGGCUGAAACUCAACCGGGGACCGGAGAUGGAUCACAACACAGAGACAUCUCACCGAAUACUCUCCCUCAGGGCCAGGAUGUACGAACAACGACAGAGCACGAAGCUAUGCUCACAGAGGAGCAUUCUGGCUCGUUGUAUUGAGCGAAGCAGGAAGAAGAUGGAGCAGCUUGAACUGUCGUACCUCACAUUAUCUCCCCUUCUCCCCCUGGAGCUGCACAGCCCCAGCGGCAAGAGUCACACCCUGGUAAUGUCGUCUCUUUAUGAACUAGAGGAGUGGCGGGAGGCCAUCCAAAAACUCACCCGAGACAACAUAGAAACGGUUCCGCCAGAUCUGCUCACUCUGACCAAUUCUUGCGUCAAACUGAGAAUGACCCAACAGCCACCUCUACAGAGCUUACAACCCGGUGAAAAGUCUCUCUGUCACACAAAAGAAGAUCUAUCUUCGCACCGCACACGCACACAUUUCCUACCCCUACAUCAGUUCACUUUAUCACAGCUCCUCGCGCUUUAUGUAACACAUCUUUCCUAUCUCCCUUUAGAAGGUGUCAGUUGUCUGUGCGGGAGACUGAGCGUAGUGGUCCACUCGGCCUGUGGGUUACAGCAUCCGGCAAGCGUGUAUGUUUGUGUCGAGGUGGAUGGCUUCGAGUUCUAUGAGAGCCGUGCCCAAACCCACUCCUCUGUCAUCGGUGUCUGUCCUCACUGGGACCAGGAGUUCUCUUUCCAGGUGGACGGGGCUACGAACCUCAGGCUGGUGUGUGAGCUACAGCCCGAGGGAGUGGGCUGUGAUGACAGGCUCCUCGGCAAAACCACCAUGAAGCUGGACCCAGCUGUCCUACAGAAGCGAUGGAAAAGACAGACCUUAGUUUUAGGCCAGGUGGAAGUGACUCUGUCGUUAAAGUACUCCCCUCACCCUCUAGACCCGCCCAGUCUGGCCUCCAUCCAACAGCAGCCCAUUUUCUGCAUGCCCAUUGAAGUUGUGGCACAACAGGAGGGAGUCCUGGUGCCUCACUUGGUUCGUUGCUGUGUAGAGGAGGUGGAGAGGAGGGGCCUGAAAGAAGUGGGUAUCUAUAGGAUAUCUGCAGCCACCAGCGACAUCACCAACCUCAAGACAGCCUUUAACACCAGUUUGCGUGAGGCAGUGUCUAAGCUGAGGUGUGUGGAAGUGAAUGCUGUCUCAGGAAUACUCAAGCUUUACUUCAGAGAGCUACCUGAACCCCUUAUACCUACAGAGCUAUUUCAGAACUUUGCUAAAGCUUUGGACAUUCCAGACUUGAACUCCAGGAAUGUGUCCAUGUUGUCUCUCCUCCAGUGCUGUCCAAGGGUCAACCAAAACACCUUCCUGUUUCUCCUUCACCACCUCAAACGAGUGUCGGAGAGACAGGAAGAGAACAAGAUGUCUCUGAUGAACCUGGCCACCGUUUUUGGUCCCAGUCUGCUCCGCCCCUCGGCAGCUGUUCAGGGAGAGUACAGCCCGCCAGUGGAUAUCUCUCAGGAAGUGGUGGUGCAGGUCCAGGUUGUGUAUUCCUAUCUGCAGUGUGAGAACCUGCCGGAAGCUCAGACCUGGUUAACACACGACGCCGAAACCACUGAAGAGGACACCGCCUUGUGAACCCGUUCCAGUUCAUCCCACAGAGAUUCAGUAGAGAGAAUCUGUAACCGUAAACACUGUAAAGAUUAAUAAAAGAAAAUAUUUAUUUG